AUGGUCCGCCUGACCGUGCUCGUUAGGUGUGGCCUUGGCUUUUACGUUGCCGUCCACCCAUGGUUGACGGGCUCCGGCUACGUGAAGGUUGGGUGCACAGCGGACUUUACCCGCCGCCUAGAAAUGGCUUCGUUCACAACGUGCUUCACACCCGAAUGGUCGUACUACGCUGUUUUCCGUUGUGAAAGCAUGAAAGAGGCGUUCCUCCUUGAACAAGCUGUGCUGUUUCUGUUCAAAGAAAGGCGCGUCCCACAGCGAGAGCUUAUAAAAGGCGAUGCGCAAGAUGUUACCGAGGGUGCCCGACGUGUUUGUAGCACGCUCAACUUAAACGCACUGGUGAACAUGGCACCCGUUUAUAUUGAAAAGAACAGCUUACCACCCGACUAUGCGAGCAGUGGACGGAUCUCGACUGAGAAAAACUCCCGGCGUGAGGCGGAGGCUCCGAAAUUGCACACCCUGGAAAAGUACAUGGGAUCACUGGAAAAGCUUCGUGAGUCCAUGGUUUCUCUCAAUUCUCCAUGUGAUGCACCGACUGACGAUGAUAUUUUCAACAGUGUUGAGACAGGAGACGGGGAAGACUAUGAAAUUGGCUGUGAUUUUGAGGUUGUGGAUGCGUUGGGAGAAGAGACGUUUAGUUUGGCGGCGCUUCGUCCGUAUCAAAAGGAUGCUGUAGCUCGUUGCCUUGAGCAGCUCGAUAGUUGUGGCGCCACAAUUUGUCAAAUGGCGUGCCGUUGCGGGAAGACCCCAGUGGCAUAUGAUCUCAUUCGUCGGCACUUGGAGAUGAAACCAAAUUCCAUCAUUCUUUACCUGGUUCCAGGCCUUGCGCUUUUGCGGCAGACAGCUCGGAAGCUUUAUAGCUAUGGUUUGAAGGAUGUUCCAUUUCUUCUUAUAGGGUCAGACAGCGGAAGCAUAUUCAUGGGGGACGGCUGUGUUCGUAACAUGACGACUGACGCUGAAUUGAUUAGGAGCACCAUCAGCUCAUGUGCCUCACAUUUGAUUGUUAUUAGCACAUAUCAGUCUUCGCACAUAAUCUCAAAAAUGCCAAAUUUUGCACUCACCGUAUUUGAUGAAUGUCACCGCGUUUGUGGGAGUGACUUACCCACUAAUUUCAAUAACGUCCUCCUCCAACCUCGCUGCGGACGGAGAUUAUUCCUCACUGCAACACCAGCAUACGAUACGCCACUAAAAAUGGACAACACGUAUCUGUUUGGUGACAUAGCGUAUCGGUACUAUUUGCGGGAGGGCAUCGACGCUGGUUACGUGAACCCUUUUGCGGUGCGAAUUGUAUUGGGCGAGAGCAUGGAUGACAUGAAUCCAUACUUUUAUGAAGCUAUGAAUACCGUGGACAAGAUGAUCGUCUACUGUAGGUGCAUUGAGCACGCGACAAAGCUUGCGGCGGAUCUGAAGCAUCCCCUCCCUGAUGAUAUAACGCCCUUCGAUGUGUUGCUCGCCCAUUCUCGGAUGGGGAGCGCCGCCGUUGCUAGUGUUUUGAGAGAUUUUUCAGCAUCCAGACGUUGCCUAUUGCUAAACGUUCGUUUACUCCAGGAAGGGGUGGAGAUUCCCGACCUCAACGCCGUAUUUUUUGCCGCCCCGCGCUACAGCUCCCGUGACAUUGUUCAGAGUAUAUGCCGACCGCUCAAUAAAAUGGAAAACAAGCCCAUUUCCUACGUGUUCCUUCCCGCCACCAUCAACAAGAGGCUGCCGGAAGAUCACCCCGUCAAUCUGGAGAAGUUUUCCACGCUUGUCCCCUUUACAGAUGCUUUGAUGGACGAAGAUCCGCUGCUGUUUGAGUAUUUGAUUGACCCUCAUAAAGUGUCCUACGACGUUGAUGUCGUGGGUGUGAGGUCCCUCAAGCUGUCAUCUGAACGGCUACGAAGGUUCGUUCUUCCCGCCAUCAGGCGUGGGGUGCGCUACUCAAGCCAGAACACGGAUCGAUUGCACCGCGCGACGCGACUUCCGUGGAAGAAUGCCUUCAACGAAAUGAAACGCAUUGUGCUAGAGUGCAAUAGAUAUCCCAAAACAAACGAUGCUUGGGUUAUUGGAAAGAAAUCGGUUUCAAUGGCUCUCUUUUACCGUUACUGCCGAAAGGGAUACCGUCAGUACUUGGACAAAGAACCCUCCUGUUUGAGGAUGCACCAAAUACGCGACCUGGAAUCACUCCCUCUGUGGCGGACUUACGGACUCCACGGUCCAUACCCGUGGGAGGAGUGUUUGAAUACUCUUCGCGAGUAUCUGGAGGCCCAUGGAAGUGUGCCUCCACUCGACGUGCACAAGGGCGGCUACAUUGGGCUGGAUGCGACCCCGUUCGAGAGGCUCUGCGGUGUGCUGAUGCACGUUAACCAGUGCGAUGCAUGCACCAAACUGCGACUAGACCCCGCCAAGCAGAAGCAGCUCGACAGGCUCUGCAAACCUUUCGGGCUCAAAUGGAAGAAAGGACGUGACAAGGAUGGAAAGAUUCUCCCAGGGGAAGCUACCUUCAUCACAGACUCGUAUGAUCGCUUUAAAGCGCUCUACGAGGACCGUCAGAAGAACAACUUCCAGGAGUAUCUAGACACUCACUUUCCUGGUUAUCCCUUGAAGCAUGAACGUAUGGAAGACCCGCGGAACUUAAGAAAGGAUCGUGUGCCCCCACGGCACGUGUCGAGGGACGAAGUUACCAACCCUCGUAAGGCGGGAAAGGUCAUGUGUAGGGUUUGCCGCCGAAACGUUGCAGUGCGCGUGUGGGAACAGCACUUAAAGAGCAAGGCCCAUCGACAAAACAUGAAAUGA